CUCGGAAUGGUGACGUACUAAAUUGAAAGAAGGCUCAGGCUGCUGUGGACCCCCGGCGUGUGUCAACUGAGUAUUCGUGCUUUUUCCAAGGUAUAAAAGGCAGGUUGAUCUUGUCCCACGUCGGACUAUCACUGAUCUCUCCUCAUAAUGUCUGCGCCAUCCCCCCAAUCGACCUCCGAACAGACGCCGCCUAAUACUGCCGCCGUCGACGUAUAUCCUGAAUUCCGAAAGGUUGCUUCUCCCAGUGCAGACAGGUAUUCAUUCCAAGGAUAUACUCUCGAGGAAACGAUCCCCCCGCGCCAUUCGAACAGAACGCUUGUUUUGUGUUUUGACGGAACCGGGGAUCAAUUCGACAGUGAUAACUCGAACGUUGUCAACUUUUUCUCGCUGCUCAAGAAGGAUGAUCCCAGCACACAGCUGGUGUAUUAUCAGGCCGGUAUCGGGACAUAUAGCAUUCCUGAGAUAGCCUCGCCCAUAACAGCAAAGCUCAGCAGAAUGGUCGACAGCAUGAUCGGUAUUCAUCUUGACGCACAUGUUAUGGGGGGAUACGAAUUCCUUAUGCAGAAUUACGAAGCUGAAGAUAAGAUUUGUAUUUUUGGGUUCUCCCGUGGCGCCUACACGGCCCGAGCACUUGCGGGGAUGAUACAUAAGAUCGGACUUCUCCCUCGAUGCAACCACCAACAAGUCCCAUUCGCCUACCGCAUGUACUCGCGCGAAGAUGAACUGGGCUGGGCACAAAGCGCGGCCUUCAAAAAGGCCUUUUCCAUCGACGUCGACAUUCACUUCUUAGGCGUAUGGGACACCGUAGAUUCGGUAGGGAUCAUUCCCCGCCGGCUCCCCUUCACGGCUUCGAAUACGCACGUGCGCCACUUCCGCCAUGCAUUGUCCCUGGACGAGCGCCGCGUUCGCUUCAUACCCGCCUUGUGGCACCGUAUUCACCCCAGCACGGCCCAGCUCGGUGUCCAACCCGGCGAAAUGCCCAAACCCCAGCGUCGCCGCAAGCCUCACAGCGAGAAGACCCUCGACGAGCACGAACAAGAGUAUGAAGCAGCCACGGUUUGCCACCAGACCGAUACGCCAACGGAUGUGGAAGAAGUUUGGUUCGCGGGGUGUCACUGCGAUAUCGGCGGAGGGUCCGUGGCCAACGAGGUUCCUAACAGCCUAGCGCGUAUUCCGUUCCGCUGGAUGAUCAGGCAAUGUUUCCUUCUCAAAACGGGUAUCAUGUUCCACCGUGAGCUGCUCAAGAACUUUGGAAUAGAGCCUUCGACGUUAUACCCGGAGGUGAAGCCUCGCCCUCCACCGAUUACGAGCCUUCCGCCCGCAUCCGAGUCGAAUGGUGAUGUCGUCUGUGAAGAAACGGAGGAUCUCCGCGAUGCGCUCUGCCCCUUGUAUGAUCAGCUCUCGCUUGUCCCCGCCUGGUGGAUCCUGGAGUUAUUGCCAGCCAAGGUGAGAUACCAGAAGAAAGAUGACACCUGGGCCAAGACCCUCACUCUGAACGGAGGUCGCCCAAGGCAUAUUCCACGACAGAAGAUGCAAGGCAUCAAGGUCCAUCGCACAGUGAAAUUGAGGAUAGAGUCUGAGGAUGUUGCAGGAGGCAAAUAUGUACCCAAGGCUGACUGGACCGUGGAGCCGACUUGGGUUGACUGAGAAGGCUUCACGCAGAUGCAUAUGCGAACCAAUUGUUUUCCUUAUUUUCUCUAUUAUGACGCCGCGACAACUUACUGCAAGUUUCGUACAUACUCAAUCAGACCCC